AUGUUCCCGGACAGCGUCGGGAAUCGCAUCCCACGCACUCUUCAGCGUCCGGGCUUCGAGAAGGUUGCCCGAGACCAGCUAAGCCCUAAGUCAUGGGCGUUCAACACCGGUGCGGCGAACGACAAUCUCACGCGAGGUGCCAACCAGACGAUGCUGCAGCGGGUCUGGCUGCGACCGGCGAUCAUGCGCGACAUCUCUACAGUGACCACGUACUGGACGUUGCUAGGCUGUCAAUUCACGGUGCUCGUAUACACCGCGCCGGUGGACGCGGCCAAGAGUGUCUGUGGAGAGGCUGAACUUCCAUUGGCACGGGCGGCGUAUAAGGCCGGAAUAUUAUACAUCAACAGAGAUCGGAGAGAAACGGAGGCACAGAUACGGCAGGCCACGGCCUCCGGAAAGGUCAAGGGGUUUCUGAUUACGGCCGAUCUCUCAGUGAUGUUCAAGCGAGAGGCCGAUGAGCGGCUCAAGCCAGGGGGAGGCAGGGGGCUGGUAGUGAGUAUCAACGAGCAGCAGCAGCCGCUGGGGGGCCCAUCCAUGAAUGCGAAUGCUAGCUUAGCGAAGUCGAAUAGCUCGUUCAUUGAUCCUACUCUCAACUGGCAGGAAUUUCCCUGGCUUCGGAGCAUCACCGAACUGCCGCUGCUGAUCAAAGGAGUUCAGCGGGCAGAGGAUGCGCAUCUUGCCCUGCAUUACGGUCUCGACAACAUUGUGGUCAGUAACCAUGGUGGCCGCGCCGCCGACACGGCGCCCCCAUCCAUCUUGACCCUUCUUGAAAUUCGCCGUAACUGCCCGGAGGCGUUCGAGGAGAUGAUCUUUCUGGUCGACGGAGGGUUCCGACGAGGGUCUGAUGUCGUCAAAGCCGUCUGUUUGGAAGCCUCAGUCGUCGGUCUGGGUCGACCGUUCACCUACGCCUUGACCUACGGAGAGCCGGGAGUGCUUCAUGCCAUCGAAGUUCUGAAAAAGGAAGUCGAGACGGCGAUGCAGCUGAUAGGAUUGACCGACCUGCGAGAUGCCAGCCCUAGAUACAUCAACACCGCCACCUUGGAUCGCUUGUUGCCACCAAACAAUGGCCGCCCAGAAGCGCUCGCAACUGGCUGGACGAGAGCGAAACUGUGAUGGCGCGGAUUUAUUCUACUUUACAUUUCCCUGGCUUUUUCUUCUGUAUCAAGAUGUCAUCUUCUCGGCAGCCAGGUG